CGUCUCUUUCCGCAAUUUAUCUCACAUCAGGUUUGAGGGGAAGCUGGACCCUGAUGUGGCAACACUCAAUCUCUUGAUGCGCUCAGUCACAUCGGUCACUUCUAGACACGCCCUCGCUCAGCUUGACCCUUCCUGUUCGUCCCGCCUUCGCCGCAUUCGCAUCCACCAGGGCCCAGGGCCCCACCUCACGAUUACCUCUCCUGGAGACGCGCGAUUAUUAUUAUUAUUAUUAUCACCUUUAUCGUCUUCGCUGCCUUCUUUGUACUGGUCGCUUCUUCGUUUUUCUCUGACAGGGUCUUUUGUGGUUCUGCAGCUAUUAAGCUUUUUAUUCAAGACAAGUCCUUCCCACGACCAACAGCUAGUUGAGAAGGGACAUUGUCAAUUUCCUAUAUCUUCUAUUACGAAAGCUUGCCCCAGGCCUUCCUUGAAACAAACUCCAAUUUCGCCAGCUCUUCCCCGCCGGACGGUCUCACCGCUCUCAUCGCCAGCACGUCUUCACGGAAAGAAGCUUUCUUUCCGACCUUUGCUUGGGGUUUCUCGCUUCAGCACCUCUACCACUUUAACCACUAUCGAUACGAGCCUCAUGGCAUCCGCGGCGCAGGCCAUUCCCGGUGCAGGCGCCAGGCAGGGUUAUGCCAGCCAGGCAGCCAAUGCAGGCAAGCUUAAGCUUGUCAAUCGCUUGGAUGAAAGUCGGAGUCCUUAUGUGAGUGAGGCCCCUGCUGGUGUUGGUCUGCUUAUGUGAGACGAUUGUCCGUCAAGAGCUUUUCCAAUGUAUCGUUAGACACGAUGCGACUUGACAACAUUGAGGCAGCAGAAGACCCUACUUGCGAGUAUGCGGAAAUGCUGGCCUAUUGUCUGACUGCUUCGACUGAAGCGUGGCACGCAUCAAGAGAGCUUCAAUGGUCUGGGUCGAAGCUGUCGCGUGCCCCGGUCGGAGUUGGCUCCGCUAACAAUCUUUCGAAUUUAAGCAAUAAUUAUUGCAAUCAAUUGGCUGACUGCAUAUGGGACAAACCCAGGUCCGUGGACAUAUGAACA